CCAUGUGGAGGGCGGGACAUACAAAUCUGGGAGGAGCUGUUUUGGGGUGUUGUGAAUUCGUGUAGCCAAGAAACCUUGUGUGGGAGUUGUCGGACCGAUUUGUUGUGCGUUUUGCCCGUGGAUCCGUACCGAUUUCUAUCCCGUCAGCCGCAGCCAUGCCUGGGAUAGAGAAGCUGCCGAUAGAGGAGACUCUGGAGGACAGUCCGCAGACACGGUCUCUGCUGGGAGUGUUUGAGGAGGACACUGCAGCCAUCUCCAACUACUGCGCACAGCUCUAUCAGGCCAUGCAGAGGAUUUAUGAUGCACAGAAUGAGCUCAGUGCUGCGACACACCUGACCUCCAGACUGCUGAAAGAGUACGACAAACAGCGUUUUCCUCUAGGGGGUGAUGAUGAAGUGAUGAGCUCCACCCUGCAGCAGUUUGCUAAAGUCAUUGAUGAGCUGAGCUCCUGUCAUGCUGUCUUGUCCACCCAACUUGCAGAUGCCAUGAUGUUUCCCAUCACUCAGUUUAAAGAGAGAGACCUGAAGGAAAUCCUCACUCUGAAAGAAGUUUUCCAGAUAUCCAGUGAUGAUCAUGACGCAGCCAUCAACAGAUACAGCCGCCUGUCCAAAAAAAGGGACAACGACAAGAUGCGGGCAGAGGUGACUGAGGACGUCUACACCUCUCGCAAGAAGCAGCACCAGACCAUGAUGCACUACUUCUGCUCACUUAACACACUACAGUACAAGAAGAAGAUGGCUUUGUUGGAGCCACUGCUGGGUUACAUGCAGGCCCAGAUCAGUUUCUUUAAACUGGGAUCAGAAAAUCUCUCCAAGCAGUGGGAGGACUUCCUGGGAACUAUAGGAACCAGCGUCCAGAAUGUGCGUCGGGAGAUGGAGGAGGAGGUGGGACAGAUGCAGCAAACCAUCCAGGAGAUUGAGAGAUCAUGUGACCCGCUAUAUGCACCAUGUGACCCCGACCCUGCCCACUCACCUGUCUGUCGCAACUUGACUAGAAAACAGGGCUACCUGUACAUCCGCAAUAAGACGGGUCUGGUGUCGUCAUCCUGGGAGCGUCAAUAUUUCUUCACACAGGGAGGUAACCUAAUGCAACAGGGCCGAGGCGAAGUGGCGGCUGGCGGGCUUGUCACUGACCUUGACAACUGCUCCGUCAUGGCGGUUGACAGCGACGACCGUCGUUUCUGCUUCCAGGUCACUUCCUUUGAUGGCAAAAAAGUGGUUAUACUGCAGGCAGAAAGCAGGAAGGACUGUGAGGAGUGGAUCGCCACCAUCAACAACAUCUCCAAGAGGAUCUACCUGAGUGAGAACGCAGAGGAGCUGGCAGCCAGAGUGAACCAAUCAGCUCUUGAAGCCGUGACUCCAUCGCCAUCCUUCCAGCAGAGACACGAGAGCAUGAGACCCAGCAGUAAAGUACGGGUGGGGCGAGCAAGCAGCAUUAGCUCAGCAGGGUCCGAACCAUCGCCUGCUCUUUCUGUGCUCUCAUUGGAUGCACUGGUCGACCCGGAAACACCGAUCCAAUUUGACAUCAUUUCCCCCGUCAGCGAGGAAAACUCAGGACAGAGCAAGACAGCAGCACAGACCGGCAGAAGGAGUAAUCCGUUUGGAGAGUCGGGAGACAGCACAUCAGAAGACAGUGAAAACUUGAUCCUCCACCAGCUUUUUAUAGUUCGCUUCCUGGGCUCCAUGGAGGUGAGGACCGCUGAGACAGCAGAUGUCAUCUCUGAGACCAUGAGGCAGAUCCUGGCUGCCAGAGCCAUCCACAACAUCUUCAGGAUGACCGAGUCACACCUGCUGGUCACCUGUGACUGCCUCAAGCUCAUCGAUCCUCAGACACAAGUUACUCGCCUGAGGUUUCCACUCGCCAACGUGGUUCAGUGUUCGUCCCAUCAGGAAAACAAGAGGCUAUUUGGUUUUGUACUACAGUCAGCAGGCGGACGGGGCAACAGUCGAGCUGUCUGCUACAUCUUCGAGUCCAAUAAUGACGGAGAAAAGAUUUGUGACAGUAUCGGUCUGGCCAAGCAGAUCGCCUUCCACUCUGAGAUGGACCGCAAGGCUGUGGAGAAGAAGAAGGAGCAGGACAAGGCCAAAGAGAAACAGCAUGAGGAACUCAGCAAACAGAGGCAGAUAGAGAAGGAUCUGGAGGAGCAGAGCCGUUUGAUCGCUGCCUCGAGUCGUCCUGCCAACCCGCCCUCCUCUGAUGGACAGGUCCUAGUGCUUAGCAACAGCCAAUCAGAGGACAGUGAUGCUGGGGAGGAGGGGAAGAAGAGGGGCGAGUCUGAAGCCUAACAAUAGGCAGAGGAUGCAUGUUUUAACUCCCAGGCAAGUCCCAGCCUGUACUGUUGAGACAACAACUCAGGAAUCAGAGGGGGGGAACACCACCCACCCGCCCAUGUUGCCUGGGACUGAAAAACAUGUGCUCCCUCUCUGCUGGACUGUGGUGGAGCCUGUCACUCUGAAAGCAGAGGAUAAACUAAACGUACCCUCACUAUAAGAGGACGUAGAGGGGAUGGGUAUGGAAACGUCUCUUCACAAAUUUGUGUUUUAUUCCAUGUGUAAAAAAAAAAGCUGCUUUUGUACCGGCACCACUAUCCAGAAAAGGACAAAAAAAUAUAGAAUAACCUGCAAGUUUUUUUUUUUUUUUUAUGAAAGUAGCUAACAGUUAAUUACAGAGGAUAUAAAGCAAAACAGCACGUGAGGAACAAUGAACCAGGAUCUGGAGGAGACAGCGUGAAAAAACACAGAAGGUAGAUUUGGACAGUGUCAAGAUCAGCUCUUGCUCAAGGGCUCUUAAACAGGAAGUGACAGUUUCUUUGGCCAUUAGGAGAUUCCAAAGGACAACAGGACACCUCAUCUGUUUUAUCUGUCAAUAUCAUUGAGAUACAAUGUUCUAAACAAGAGAAAAAGCAGGGAGUCUUAUUUUGAAGAGUCCUUCCUGUGUCAUGUCUUCAUUGGCUCAUUACGCUCUGAAGGACUUUGAGAUUUUUUUCACAUACUCUGUCCUUCCUUCCAGACAGUCUUGAAACAUGUUGAAUCAUCAUGACAGUAGAACUGAUUUAAUAUCAUUUGAAGAGCUUCUUUCCUAAGUAAAACAUUUGACACUCGCACAAUAAAUAGCUUCAUGAAAGUAUCGCUCAUUAAAGAGAGUCAUGUACUUUUUGCACUCACAGUUCAGAUUUUAGAAAAGAUGCUUUGCUGUCCUCUCCUGGUCCAUUCGGAUUGUGAAACACUGAUCUGACAUUUGGAAAAGCACUAAUCUGAUCAAGGUGUCUCCUCACAUUUGGUUUUCUGUAAUAAAAACUACAAAGACAGGUUGGGCUAAACGUUUAGGUUCUCUGAUAAGCUGGCACAUUUUAUUCAUUUAGGUGCAAUUUCACAUUUUUAGCCCCUUGAUGUAUUAAUGUUUAGAUCCAUGUUUCAUGAAAACAAACCAUCUGUCUUCUCUGCCAGCUGACUCUCUUCACAAGUAACUGCAUUCAUCUGUAUUUCUCUAGGUCAUUGUUUGGGGCAUUUAUGCUUCUCACAGAUUUUCUUCAUUCAUCUGCUUGUGCCCAGUGUGACUCACAGUGACUAUGUGUAGGAAAAGCAGAAUAAGCUUCAGUUUCAAGAUCCUACAUAUUGGGAUGUUUAAGCUCAGAGGUCAUAGCCCCCUGGUGAGUUUCUGAAAGUUCUUGAUGAUGAUUUAUUUGUUUCUGUGAAGGACACAUGUUGACGGCGCUGCACUUUACUGAUGUAGGAGAACGUGAUGGGAUCGAGGAUGUUGCAGUGUAAAUAUGUUUCUGUGAUUGAUGUUCCAGUGUCAUGGUUAAUAAAUGGCUUUUCAGUUAUAAAUAAAGCACUAACUCCA